AUGUCGUUCAUCUACAACUACUUCGCCUGUGACAACUUGACCCCUUCCGAGAAGGAGAACGCUGCCGCCUUGAAGGCCAUCAUCAAGACCAACAAGACUGCCCUCAAGUCCGAGAUUAAGCAGUACGACACCGACUGCAAGCAGACCGUCAAAGAGGCCGAAGCCGAGUACAAGCGUGUCAAGAAGCAGGCCGAGGAGACCAUGUAUCGCCAAACACUGGAUGCAGUCAACCGCGAGAUCGAGGUCAUUAUGGCGACGGACGAGUACAAGGGGUCGGAUGAGAAGACCAAGGCCAAAAUGGUCCAGUUCCAGUCCUGGGUCGGGUGUGCGGGUUAUAAGUGCCUUGGUGCUGAGAGGGAGAGGGAGGAGAAGGAGGAGAAGGACCAGGAGCAGGAAUUGCCUCGUUACCAGGAUGAGGCGCCUGUCUCUGGUGCCACCUCGUACCCCGCCGAGAAAGAGGUCCUCCAAUCAGCUUAG